AUGUCUGCAAUCCGAUCCUCAAUAGACUCGUUACCUAACGAGCUCCUUAUCGCUAUCCUGUCGACCUUUAACUCUCGUGACCUGCUUCCAUUGACCCUGGUAGACCGCCGAUUCAAUGCCACCGCGACAACCAUUCUACAAUACCGCCUCCUUCACACUGCCAAGAUGGAAGGGCACGAGAUGACGCUAGAGAGCUAUCACCCUAUUGCCAAGCAAUCAGCCCCGUCCAUGGCAUGUCGGUUCAUGGGACUCAGUCCCCUGCACCACACUCGGAACCCUGAACAGGACAUGAACCUGCGAGACCUAUCUCAGCUCUACUCGCACUUCCUUCCCGUUGUAUCCGAAGAGACGCGGCGCAUGCAGAGAGUAUUUAGUCGACGUCGGCCAGGCGUGCCUCUCGAGCAGGAGAUUGGCGACGAACCCGUCACUCAAGAACUCAUCUUGGAUGAAGGCGAGCUUUUCUCCCAGCUUUGCACGUCGACGGGCUUGAUCAAGUCUGGCCCUAACCCGGGUCUUCUCGCCAGUCACAGCAACAUCACACACGGCGUGGUCCGCGUCUGGAGACACUGGCUAGCCAAGGCGGCUGCCAUUAAUGCCAUCUGCCCGGCCGCAGGGUGCACCGACGAGAGUACGAUCCUGUGGGUCGAUGCCGCCAAGAACGUCGGGCUCCGCUUCCGCGUCACGGAGGUCACCCAGGAACGUUUGCCCCCCUACCGUGGCUCGGACGAGGACCCGCCAGUUGCAUACUCUCUUCACUACCAAGAGUUGCUGGUUCGUACAAGUCAUGUCUUGCUAGCCAUGGAGAAGGCAGUAGUGCAGGAAGUGAUCAACUCAGGUAAGGCCACCAUUAUUAUACCUGUCUCUUAA